AUGGCAAACAACAUAAUACCUCAAGAAGAUAACACUAGCGAGAUACUAAAGGCUGACAUACUUAAAUAUGGUUAUAUAAACAAACGAAACAAAUUCAGAAAAAACAAAACAACUGCUAAUCCAUCCAAACGUCAAGAAUGGGCCAUUAGGUUCUUGGAAGAAGAACGAAAUAACUUGACGAUUGAUUUGAAUGCGAUGGAGUCCAAAAUAAAGACAAAGAAAGAUGAGAAGUACAGGGCAAAGUUUUUAAGUUUAAUUCACGAGACUAAACAGGCCAAAAUUGAGUUGAAUGAACAGAGAAAAAUUGAAGCACAAGUGAACAAAGAAAUAGUCCAAUUAGAAACUGAACUGGAAAAACUUACAAUCAGAAAUAGAAUGGAGAUUGUCGACGUUCCGAAAUUGACAACUAAUACCGAAAAUCACGAAUACAAUAGGUUACUCGAAGAACAAAACCAACUGAAAAUACAAGUGGAAAAUUUACUUAAACGGCGGCAACAAAUACAAAACAUUUAUAAUUCACACAUGGAAAAGCUGAACAAAGGAAAAGAAUUAGUAUCUGUUCUUACCGAACAAGUAACAAGGACUUACACAUACAGAAAGGAAGCUAAGGAGCGAUUGGAAACAUAUUUAAAAACAAGUAAUGAUCAAACUGGUGAUUAUAAAAAUCAUAUAUUAUCACUUGAACGGCAGGUGAACGAAGAUUUAAGAAUGACAACAUUUCUUUCACAGAAGUGUAUGUAUUAA